CUUUUCUAGUUGUAAUACCCUAAUUAUGUCCACAAACCCCCAUUUCAAUUUCUCACAAAACCACCGCACCUCAGCCUCUCCCCGCCCACACCUCCACCUCGCCUCCGACCACCGCUCCACCAGCAAACACCAUCAAGCAACCAAGCCCAGCCGCUGCUUCUCCUCCGCUCUUCCCCUUGCCACCUUCACUGUCCAGCCAGCACCACCAGUGAAUCAGAAAAGGCAGUGUCGGAUAGUUUCUUACAAAUUGAUUCGGAUAUUGUCUUUCCAACAUCUCUUCCAUCCACUCUUUGUUCGAAUUUCUGAAAAUAUUUCUCUAAGUUGAAAAUAAUUCUAGCAUUAGCUUCUGAUUUAGUGGACUGAUCACUGGAAAAAUCCCCUCAAGCUCUCGUGCUCUUCAAAAUGAAUGAGAAAUCUCUCGAGCUCUCCUACUCAUCUCUACAAUAAGUCUGAACACUGAAAGUUCUUUGCGUUUGACUCAUUUUUGCCAUAUCACUGGGUUUCAUGCUAUCACCUAUAGGAUACAAUCAACCUACAUUGCAUGGAUUUGUUUGUGACCAUGUACUGAAUAGAGAGUUCAAAAUCAUCAUUUUAUCCGCAAUGCCUCACAGAGCUCGGCCUAUGGCAGGUCUCCUGCUGUUUACUGGACUUAACGUUGUUCUGGUCUCAACUAUAACUCCUGUCUAUGAUUUCGUAUGCUUCCAUCCAUAUUGGGAAAGAAGAAGAGAGCAUCGGCGUCAGGAACGUGAAGCAGCUUUGAGAAGUUCAACAUCUGCUCAAGUCUGAUAUCAAGGUUGGAGAUUCUGUAUAGCAGAUUAUCUUAAUUUAACUUGGUCAUGAUACAUUCAGAGAAAGGUAUUUAAUGAAAGAAGUUGAAGCCCUGCACGCGCUACUGGUCUAUAUCCUGCACACAAGUUUUUGUUGUUCCCCUGUACAAAUGGAGGAGUUCCAAUUUCAAAUUGAGCUGGCUUACACUUGAAAAAGCAGAGAAAGAUGAAGACAUACACAGCUUACUCGCGGUACUUUUUCUCUUCGAAAAAGAAUUGUGAUAGAAACUCUUGUUUCGGUUUUGUUUUCUGAGGAAACUGUUGUUCCAUCUUUAUUGGUGAGUGUUUGGCUGUCUGAAUCUGGAAGUUUGAGAACUGAAAGAUCUUGGGUGGUUCAACGUUUCAAAGAGAAAGCUUACUUGAGGGAAGAAACAAAAUAGAAUAUUGAGAGACUUAAACCCUAAAUCCCUAUCUCAUUUUGAUUCUCUUUGUUCCAUUUUACCUGUAAUAUUUUUACUAUCUAAAACACAAUAAUGUAUGGUUUAUCUAAAAUCAUAAAUUUCGAAA